GGCAAUUUCGAAGCAUGGGUCGCCCGCCACUGCCGCGCCCAAUUGCGGUCUGCGACUUUGAUGCGAUCAUUGCCAGCGACAAGGAGAUGUACCCGACGGACACGCCGCUGACACCCGAGGCCAUGGCCCAGUGGUACAUGUUCCACCCCGAGUUUGGCAUGAUCUACGAUGGCUUGGGCUGCUGCAUCGUCGUGCCCGUGACCAAGGCGACGUGGGCCGCGUACAUUCGCAAGGAGAUCGACGAGGCUGGCUUGGUAAAUGGCGUCUUUGACGCAGCCACCGAUGAAGACGGCGAACUCGGUCUGCAUUUGUACCAUAUCGAGAAGACUCCGGCCUGGACCCGGGAGUUCGAGCGCAUGGCCACCGUCGUAUUGGCCGACCUUGGACGCAUCUUGGAGAAUUUGCGUGCGUCGCGCCCCGCACACUUGCGACCUCUUCAAGUCAUUGGUUUCUCGGCGCUCGCGGCGUCCGAAGCAGGCUACAAGACGUCGCGCACGAUGUUCAAGAUGACGCAGCUCUACGAAGCCGAGGAGUUUCUGUAUCGCCACAAGACGACGCGCGAGCUCAUUGUCGUCACACUGUCCGAUCUGCCGCUGGACGAGACGAUGUGGGUGAAGGAAGGCGAGACGCGCCUCAUGGCCCUCGACGGCGUCGCCGCCUGCCGCGACCUCUUCUCGCUCUCGUUCUGAUCGCCAAAUCACAACAAGUAUAUAGUACCCACGAGUGCUUGAAUACAUUCUCGUCUUUCACUCGUAGUCAGGA